GUUGCCAGUAAAAUUCUAGAAAACAUUAUUUAUAAUCAACUACUUCAGUUUCUAACUGAAAACGAUCUUUUGAACUCUACUCAAUUUGGAUUUAGGCCUUCGUCUUCGACUACUGACGCCCUUUUGCAAGUCACUCAAUACCUUUAUAGUAGCAUUAACCAGAAAGGGAAAUUCAAACCACAUACUGCAACAAGCUACAAUAACAUUGGAUCAGUAUAUCACAACAAAGGUGACUAUGAUAAUGCCCAUGACUAUUACAAUAAGGCGCUUGAUAUUUGGAAAGAAACUCUGCCUGAAAAGCAUCCAGAUAUUGCAAAAAGCUACAACAAUAUUGGAUCAGUAUAUGAAGACAAACGUGAUUAUGAUAUUGCACUUGACUAUUUACAAAAGGCACUGGUUAUUUGGAAAGAAACUCUGCCUGAAAAGCAUCCACGUAUUGCAAAAUGCUACAACAAUAUUGGAUUAGCAUAUCACAACAAAGGUGACUAUGAUAAUGCCCAUGACUAUUACGAAAAGGCACUUGAUAUUUCGAAGAAAACUCUACCUGAAAAGCAUCCAGAUAUGGCAACAAGCUACAAUAAUACUGAAUCAGUAUCUGGGGACAAAGGUGAUUAUGAUACUGCACUUGACUAUUUACAAAAAGGCACUUGA